GUGUGGCCGCAGGUCGGGGCGCCCGCGGCUCCGGCUGCACGGGCUCGCGGAGAGCGGAGGACGGGACGCUGGCGACCCCGAGAGGGAGGGAGCAGGCAGGCCCCAGCUCGGCGCAGCUGCCUGGACACCUUGGGUUUUGGGGCGGGGGAGCCCCGGCGACUGUGAACAUGGACCCCGUCGCGGGAGCCUUUCUCAGGAUGCUCUUCCUUUUGUCUGCUCAGCCGUGGCGCACAGGAGUAGCAGGGAAUACUUAUAACUGUGAGGCUCCUCUGGCGUCCUCCUUGCCCCGGGCUGCCUUCAGCAGCUCCUCAGAGCUGUCCAGCAGCCACGGUCCUGGCUUCGCAAGUCUUAACCGCAGAGAUGGAGCCGGUGGCUGGUCUCCACUUGUGUCAAAUAAAUACCAGUGGCUGCAGAUUGACCUUGGAGAGAGAAUGGAGGUCACAGCUGUGGCCACUCAGGGAGGAUACGGGAGCUCUGACUGGGUGACCAGCUACCUCCUGAUGUUCAGUGAUGGCGGGAGGAACUGGAAGCAGUAUCGGCGAGAAGAAAGCACCUGGGGUUUUCCAGGAAACACAAACGCAGACAGUGUGGUGCAUUACAGACUCGAGCCUCCUUUUGAAGCCAGGUUCCUGCGCUUCCUCCCCUUGACGUGGAACCCCAGGGGCAGGAUCGGGAUGCGGGUCGAAGUGUACGGCUGUGCCUACAGAUCUGAGAUGGUUAGUUUUGAUGGGAAGAGUUCCCUGCUGUACACAUUUCAUCAGAAAUCCAUGAAUUCAACCAAAGACGUUAUUUCUCUGAAAUUUAAAACCAGACAGAACCACGGGAUUCUACUCCACAGAGGAGGACAGAAUGGUAAACACAUCACACUGGAGUUAGUUAAAGGAAGACUCAUCUUGCUCCUUCAUGCAGGCCAUGCUAACCCGCCCUCCCCCGAGGCCCUCGCGCUGGGCAGCCUGCUGGACGACCAGCACUGGCACUCUGUCCUCCUCGAGCUCUUCAGCACGGACGUCACCUUCUCCGUGGACGGCCACACUCAUCGCUUUCAAGCAAAGGGAGAGGCCAGCUAUUUGGAUCUGGAUUAUGAGAUCAGCUUCGGAGGGACUCCUGGACACGGAAAAUCAGUGGUGCUCCCUCAUAAAAACUUUCAUGGCUGCUUUGAAAAUCUCUAUUAUAAUGGAGUGGAUAUCAUUGAUUUGUCCAAGAAACACACACCACAGAUCCUCAUCACGGGAAAUGUGUCCUUCUCCUGCUCACACCCUCAGACCGUCCCUGUGACUUUUCUGAGCUCCAGGAGUUACUUGGCUCUGCCAGGCGUCUCCGGAGAGGACCGCGUAUCCAUCAUCUUCCAAUUUCGAACGUGGAACAGAGCAGGACUCCUGCUGAACAGCCAGUUUCAGCACCAGUCGGGAGCUCUCAUCCUGGUCCUCAGUGAUGGAAGACUCAAGCUGAGCCUGUCCCAGCCUGGACAUCCAGCGAGGGACGUCACAGCAGGUGCUGGCUUAAAUGAUGGGCAGUGGCAUUCUGUGUCCUUAUCUGCAAAAGGCAGUCAGCUGAGUCUGACGGUGGACGGUGAGGCAGCCUCCAUGGCUCAUGCCCUGCGGGGGCAGAUUGAUUCAGGCGACACCUAUUACCUGGGGGGCUGUCCCAACAACAGCUCUCGCUCUGGAUGCGCAAGUCCCCUGGGUGGAUUUCAGGGCUGCCUGAGGCUCAUCUCCAUUGGCGACAAAGCGGUGGAUCCCAUCUCAGUGCAGCAGGGGGCGCUGGGGAGCUUCCGUGACCUCCAGAUAGACACCUGUGGCCUCACAGACAGGUGCCUGCCCAGCUAUUGUGAACACGGGGGCGAAUGUUCCCAGUCCUGGGACACCUUCUCCUGCGACUGCGCACACACUGGUUACACGGGAGCAACCUGCCACUCCUCGCUGUACGAGCAGUCGUGUGAAGCCCACCGGCACGAAGGAGACUCUUCGGGGCUCUACUACAUUGACUUGGACGGAAGUGGCCCGCUGGGACCGGCCCUCGUGUAUUGCAACAUGACAGACACCACCUGGACCUCAGUGCAGCAUAACGGCUCCCACUCGGUCAGAGUCAAAGGAUCGAAUGGAGAAAGCCCCCAUCCAGUGUUUUUCAAGUACGCAGCCGACAUGGACCAGCUCCAGGCCGUAACUGACCACGCAGACCGCUGCGAACAGGAGCUGACUUUCCACUGCAAGAAGUCAAGGCUUUCAACUGGCCACGAUGGAACCCCAGUGAGCUGGUGGGUUGGAAGAACCAAUGAAACACACACUUACUGGGGAGGUUCUCUGCCUGAUGCUCAAAAAUGUACUUGUGGAUUAGAGGGGAACUGCAUUGAUUCUCAAUAUCACUGCAACUGUGAUGCUGCUCGCCAUGAAUGGACCAGCGACACGGUGGUCCUUUCCCAUAAGGAGAAGCUGCCGGUCACUCAGAUUGUGAUGAGAGACACGGGACGACCACAUUCUGAAGUGGCUUAUGCACUGGGGCCUCUGCUCUGCUCAGGGGAUAAGUCAUUUUGGAAUGCGGCUUCCUUCAAUACCGAGACCUCAUACCUUCACUUCCCUACGUUCCGAGGAGAGCUCACUGCGGAUGUGUCUUUCUUUUUUAAGACCACAGCUUCCUCUGGGGUGUUUAUAGAGAAUCUGGGGAUCACAGACUUCAUCAGACUCGAGCUGCGGGCUCCCACAGAGGUGACCUUUUCCUUCGACGUGGGGAAUGGGCCUUGCGAGGUCACGGUGGAGGCCCCCACCCCCUUCAAUGACAAUCAGUGGCACCGCGUGAGGGCGGAGAGGAACGUCAAAGAAGCAUCGCUGAAAGUGGAUCAGCUCCCUAGCGAGACGCAGCCGGCCCCGGCUGACGGGCAUGCCCGCUUGCAGCUCAACAGCCAGCUCUUCGUGGGUGGAACAGCCAGCAGGCAGAGAGGCUUCCUGGGAUGCAUCCGGUCUCUGCGGUUGAAUGGGCUGGCCCUGGAUCUGGAAGAGAGAGCCACAAUGACACCAGGAGUGGAGCCAGGGUGUCCAGGACACUGUAGCAGCUACGGACACCUGUGUCGCAAUGGAGGGAGGUGCAGAGAAAAACGCAGAGGGAUCGCUUGCGACUGCACCUUCUCUGCGUACGACGGGCCAUUCUGUGAGCACGAGGUAUCUGCCUAUUUUGAAAGCGGCUCCUCGGUUACCUACAGUUUUCAAGAGCACUACAAUUACACCCUUAGUAAGAACUCCAGCUCCUUCGCAUCUUUACUGCGUGAGGAUCUGACACUGACCAGAGACAUGGCCGCACUGAGCUUCCGGACCACGGGGACCCCCAGCUUACUGCUCUACGUCAGCUCCUUCCACGAGGAGUACCUGUCCGUUAUCCUCGCCCCGAACGGAAGUUUGCAGAUCAGAUAUAAGCUAGACAGACACCAGGAACCUGAUGUUUUUAACUUUGGUUUUAAAAACCUGGCUGAUGGCCAGCUUCAUGAGGUGAAGAUUAACAGAGAAGCAGCAGUGGUCUCUGUAGAGGUUAACCAGAAUACAAGGAGACAAGUCAUCCUGUCGUCAGGGACAGAAUUCAAUGCUGUCAAGUCCCUUGUGUUGGGGACGAUCUUAGAGUCCCCCGGCGCGGACGCCGACACGCUGCGGGCCGGCGCGCGCGGCUUCACCGGCUGCCUGUCCGCCGUGCGCUUCGGCCCCGCCGCCCCGCUGAAGGCGGCGCUGCGCCCCGGCGGCCCCGCCCGGGUCACCGUCCGCGGACGCGUGGCCGCCGCGUCGCGCUGCGCCGAGGGCGCGGGGCCCGGAGCCCCCGCGCGGGAGGCGACCCGCCCGCUGGCGGGCGGCGCAGGUCGCUCGGGACCAGCAGAUGAGAGCGAGCCCUUAGUGACUGCGGACCGGAGUGACUCCGCGGUCAUCGGAGGUGUGAUAGCCGUUGUGAUAUUUAUCUUGCUCUGCAUCACUGCCAUCGCUAUCCGCGUUUAUCAACAGAGGUGGCUAUACCAAAAAAACGAAUCCAAUAUUCCCCAAAAUGGGGACAAUGCUGAGACUGCCCUGAAAAGUGAGCUCAACAUGCAAAGUGCAGCCAGCGAAAGCCAGAAAGAGUAUUUCUUCUGAUCAGCCGUGACUUACUUAUUACUAUGAUGAUGUGACUUUCUUGUUAAGCCAGGGGCUCCUGGUGGAGGAAACCCUCCUCUCGUCCUCCUGGGGCGGGCGCUGGGUGGGCAACUCCGUCAGUUUGCUCACACGUGGUCCCUGGAGGCUCUGCUCAGUGCUCCUUGAUCUAUUUAUUAGCAGUGACUUAAGUGUGCUUGUUAAUCACCGCUUGUCAGUUUCUGGCUGUUCUGACCUGAUCUUCUAAAACUGAAAUGUAUUUUGCAUAAUUACUUUGGGUUCUAAGUGGGAACAAGGAUUUGAGCUGUGGCCCUGCUCUCUUAAAAAUCCAACACGGAAGUUUAUAAAAGUCAAAGUUGGCCUCUCACGUUUUGUGUUACAUGGAAACCUAACCUUCCUUAAUUGAUCACCUGCUGACACUGGUCAACCAGGAAGUGCUUCUCAAAUGGUCUUCAGCUGCAUUUCCAUAUUCCUGUGAACCAGAGCCCGGUGGCCAAAAAUGCAUUAGAAACCUGAAAAAAGAAAAGAAAGGAAAAGAAAAGAAACAUUUUGGGGGCUGAUUGUUUUUACUGUAUGUCUCUUUUAAAUCAGUUUUGAUACAUUUUAGUGAUGAAACAAGUGUUGAAUGUCAGAUAUGAAGAAAUUACAUUAAGUCCAGCUAUGAAACAGAAAAUUUGCAAGUAGAGAAACAUAAAGGAUUUCAGUCUGUGAUAAUUUGCUUAUUUAUGUUCUUUGCAAUUGGUCAGGAUACUCUUUGUAAACUAUAAUAAUGAUCACCUAAUGAUCUCACAGAAAUGAAUAUUUUCUAACUAAAUCUGUGCCCAUAUAUAAAUUCCAUAUUUAAUGUUGGAAAUAUAUCCUCCAUCCACAUCUGAAUGAAAUGUAAUCCUAAAUUUAUUUCCUUUAUAUAUAAGGUGACUUUUCUUUGUAGUCUUGUGGGGUUUUUUUUCCUGAAAGUUGUAACAACGCUUUCAUUUCCUGUUAUUGUCUGUUCAUUAGGGAAAAAGUCACAUUUUUUUUUAAUUUAGAAAAAACUUUAAUUGAAAUAGAGUCAAUUACAAUGUGUCAAUUUCUGGUGUACAACAGUGUUCCAGUCUUGCAUAUACAUACAUAUAUUCAUUUUCAUAUUUUUGACAUUUUGAACUAAAUCUCUCCGUUUCCCUUUCUACAUUUUGAGCCGAUCUAGGCAAGACAUCCCCUGAGUUACCCUCUCACCUAAUUACCACUAGGAAUACCAGUGGAAGAAUACUUAUGCUAAACGAAGAUGCAGGUUAUAUAAUCUGAACAAAAUCUGUCAUUCCAGUCAAGAUUCUGGGAUCUUGAGAUCUGUCUCCAACAGAGCACUCAAAAUCAACUAGUUCAUUUUAAGUAGGGUAUAUUCUAGGAGAGUGAAAAAAAAAAUCCUAUUAACUAUGGGAGUUGAUCCAGUAACUACUUUUGUGGCAGUGUCUUUAGAUAAUUGCAUGGAGUCACCAUUUGCACUGAAAAGCCGGUUGUAAUAAAAAUGGGCUGCCCUCUCCAUACCGCACCUGCCCUGUGCCUGCCAGGUACUUCCUCUGACCACAGGGAAGGAGGCCACGUGACCGUGGAGGCUGAGACUGGAGUGGGGCAGCUAAGCUCCAAGCCAAGGAACACCAAGGACGGCUGGCCACUGCCAGAAGCCAGGAGGAAAUAAUGGAACAGAUUCUCCCCUCAAAGCUUCCAGAAAGAACCAAUCCUGUUGACACCUUGAUUUUGGAUUUCUGGUCUCCUAAAGUAUAAAAGAAUACAUUUCUUUAUUUUUUUAAGCCAAAAAAAAAAUUGGAACUGUAUGUGCUUAGCCUUGCUAUGACCUUUGAGUGUAUACCAACUUUUCUGUGUUCUUUUUAAAGAAUGGGAAAAGAUGUCCUCUAUAUUGCCUUUUCUCAAAAAUUUUUUUCUAACGCUUUUGUGUUAAUUUUCGACAAGGUGUAACAGACCACCACAAAUUUAGUGACUUCCUACAACCAGUACUUACUAUCUCCCACUUUCUGCGGUCAGGAGCUGGGCAGGGGUUCACUGAGACGUCUGCAAGGCUGCAGUCAGGUGUCUGCCCGGGCUGUGUUCUCAUCUGGAAGCUCAGCCGGGGACGGCUUUGCCUCCUUGCUCCCAUGAUCACUAACAGCCUUCCAUUCCUUCCUGCUGGGAGGCUUAUGGAAGCUUAGUUCUUCAAGGCUAACAAGGGACAGGGAGGCUCCAGAGCAAGUCUGCCAGCAGUAGGGAGUCUACAGAAUGGAAUGUGAUCACGGGGGUGGCAUCCCAUCACAUUUGCCAUAUUCUUUUGGUCAGAAGCACGUCACAGGUCCCACCCAUACUGAGGGGGAAGGAUUAUAUGACUUGAGUCAGCAGGCUGGAAUCACGGGGACCACUUUAAAGCCCAUCUGUCAUAAUACUAUAUCCACAUUGACGUUUCUUUAAAUGAAUGAUGAAAGACGUUUGGGAUCUCAAUACAGCAAUAUGUGAAGGGCCAGUCCUUGUCAAUGGUGUAUGUAGUUUUUUUCCCAAGGGUCUAUGUAGUUGGGGAAGGAUUCAACACAAAAAUGAUAGGCUCCAUUAAAUGCAUAGCUGUAUGUAAACAUCAUUAAAUCACUGCAAGGUUAAUCAGUGGUCAUCUUCUGUUCCAAAAGAAUGCAUCACUUUGAUAGCUAAAAUUUUACAGAUUUAUAGAAAGUGAAAUCCACUGCACUCUGCCUUUUGUUUUUUUUUUUUGCCAGCAUUUUAUUUUAUUUGAGUUUUUUUUUUUCCUGUUUGUUUUUGGUGUGUGUAGGGGGAGGUAAUUAGAUUUAUUCCUUUUUUUUUUUUUUUUUUAGAGGAGGUACUGGAGAUUGAACCCAGGACCUUGUGCAUGCUAAGCAUGCGCUCUCCUGCUUGAGCUGUACCCUCCCCCCUGCUCUCUUUUCUAAGGAGAAAACUUUAAAGUGUUUUUACCAAAACUUCAGUGAUGCAUUAUCAACUUCCCCUGAUGGAUUUGUAAAUGUUUGCUGCUUAUUUGUGAAUAAAAUAACAUUUUUGAAUUAAAUUAGGAAAAUAUUUUUAAGAGAAGUUGAAUGACAUUUGAAUUAUGGAAUUAUAUUGUUUUUCCCCUAAAAUAUUAAAACCUGUGCAAAAGUA